ACGCUGUGUGCGGACCGUGAAGGCGGCAGACACACGGCUCUCCUGUUGCUCGGAGGAGGCAGGCCGGUAAUUUUCCACUGUUUCUGAUCCCCCCCGAUGCAAGAGACAAAGGUCAGAAACGGAGGCUUAUAAAUAGGGUAAAAAAAUUAGGCUACAGACGCGUCCAGCCCUCAGACACAGGAGGACACGGACAAGACAGCACGGACACGGGACCCUACGCGCAAAGGACAUUAAAAGGACACAAAAUAACAGAACAAGACAAAAUCCCAUCAGCAGAGCAGACUCCUGCUGGAAGCUGAUGUGAGGUAACCUUCUGAAUUACUCGCUGUGAGCUCCGGAUCGAAUCAGGCCCAUCACAUCUGAUCUGGUUAAGUUCCUGUGUAUCUAAAGUGGGGUUGGGCUAAUGGACGAUGUCAUCACCACCCAUCCUCUCCACCCAAAGCUCUUAACGGCCAGUGUCCAGUCAGCGAAUCCCGGUGCAGCGUUUUAGAUCAGAAUGGCGCAGAAAGAGAAACUUCAGUGCCUGAAGGAUUUCCACAAGGACACUCUGAAGCCGUCCCCCGGUAAGAGCCCUGGCACCCGGCCUGAAGACGAGGCAGAGGGAAAACACCCUCAACGGGAGAAGUGGUCCAGCAAACUGGACUUUCUUCUGUCCGUGGCAGGCGGCUUCGUGGGUUUGGGGAACGUCUGGCGUUUCCCAUACCUCUGCUAUAAGAAUGGUGGAGGUGCAUUUCUCAUCCCCUAUUUCAUUUUCCUGUUUGGCGGAGGUCUGCCCGUCUUCUUCCUGGAGGUCGCCUUGGGUCAGUUCACCUCCGAGGGCGGCAUCACCUGCUGGGGGAAGCUCUGCCCCAUCUUCACUGGUAUUGGUUAUGCCUCCAUUGUGAUCGUUUCCCUGCUGAACAUCUACUACAUCGUCAUCCUGGCCUGGGGUCUCUACUACCUAUUCCAGUGUUUUCAGCCGGAGCUGCCCUGGGCCAAGUGCAACCAGCCCUGGAACACCGACCGCUGCAUUGAAGACACCUUCCGCAAGAACAAAACCUUUUGGCUGGCCGCCAACAUGACCAACUUCACCUCCCCCGUCACUGAGUUCUGGGAACAUAACGUGCUGGGUAUCAGCAAUGGUAUAGAAGAUAUUGGUCCUGUUAAAUGGGACCUGGCUUUGUGUUUACUGCUCGUCUGGGUCAUCUGCUUCUUCUGCAUCUGGAAGGGAGUCAAGUCCACUGGCAAGGUGGUCUACAUCACCGCCACCUUCCCGUUCAUCAUGCUCAUCGUGCUGUUGAUCCGCGGCGUGACACUGCCAGGUGCUUCAGCGGGCAUCAAGUUCUACCUGUACCCGGACCUGGACCGCCUGAAGGACCCAGAGGUGUGGAUUGACGCUGGCACCCAGAUCUUCUUUUCCUACGCCAUCUGUCUGGGCGCCAUGACUUCCUUGGGGAGCUACAACAAGUACAAAUACAACUGCUACAGGGACUGUUUGCUGCUGGGAGCCCUCAACAGUGGUACCAGUUUUGUGUCUGGCUUCGCAAUAUUUUCCGUCCUGGGCUUCAUGGCACAAGAGCAAGGGGUGGACAUUGCUGAGGUGGCAGAGUCAGGUCCAGGCCUGGCGUUCAUCGCCUACCCCAAGGCUGUAACCAUGAUGCCUUUCCCUACAGUCUGGGCAGUGCUCUUCUUCGUCAUGCUGCUGCUGCUUGGGCUCGACAGUCAGUUUGUGGAGGUGGAAGGGCAGAUCACAUCACUGGUGGAUCUGUAUCCGUCCUUCCUAAGGAAGGGUUACCGCAGAGAGAUCUUCAUCGCUAUCAUCUGCAGCAUCAGCUACCUGCUGGGACUGACCAUGGUUACCAAGGGUGGCAUGUAUGUUUUCCAGCUGUUUGAUUACUAUGCAGCGAGCGGUGUGUGCCUUCUGUGGGUGGCAUUCUUUGAAUGUAUUGCUGUGGCCUGGGUUUAUGGCGCUGAUAAUUUCUACGAUGCGGUUGAGGACAUGAUUGGCUACCGACCAAACCCAUGGAUGAAAUGGAGCUGGUCUUACAUCACUCCUACACUGUGUAUGGGCUGCUUUGUUUUCUCCUUGGUCAAAUACAAGCCAUUGACCUAUAACAAGGUCUACGAGUAUCCUGACGGGGCCAUUGGACUCGGAUGGACCCUGGCCCUGGCUUCCAUGAUCUGCAUCCCCAUGGUGGUUGUGAUCAAGAUCAUUCAAUCUGAUGGGCCGCUCAUUGAGAGGAUCAAGGCGGUGGCCGCCCCGGUUCGCGGCGGCGCCAGCUCCCGUCCCGCAGACCACCGCGGCCCCAAGGACCUCACCUACCCACUGGAUCCCAAUGGGAACAAGGGCCAGCUGAAGGCCCCCACCCACACCAUCGUAGAGACGAUGAUGUAAAGGAAUGAGGCGGAGGCUCUCCAUGAGAUCGCUCUCCUCUCCUCUCCUGUCCUCUGAAAUGCUUCUAAAGCUAGCUAGCUUCUGUCUAUCUGUCUAUCUGUCUGUCUGGUGGACUGAUAAGGGUUUUUAGGAGAAAAAAAAAGUUCCAGUUUCAAAUCUUUUAGGAGUACAUCGGAAGUAGUUUGCUGUUGGUGGUUUUAACGAGAGGGCAGCGAUCACAUUUCAAAUCUAUUUCUGAAAUACUGUUUAGCUGUUUUUUGUUAUUUUUUUGUUAUUUUUUGUAUUUUAUUUUAAAUAUUCAUGUGACCACGAAUCGUCCCACAGUUGUCUUAUUUAAAGGCGCAGUGACACGCUGGUGGAUUUCCAUUUGGUCCAACAGCUACUUUUGCAGAAAAUAAGCCAUUGUUCUAAAAGAAGGAAGAAGGUGGUUAUCGAGUCUUUGAAUCAAAACGGGCUUUUGCAGCCACUAUAUGAAAAAUGUUAUCUACACUUAUCAUGGAUUAACAAAUACGGACCUUUCUGACUGAGCGUAGGUGCCAUUGGGUUCAGCUUUCGGCUUUUUGAACAGGCAGGAGGUGCAACUGAGGUCAUGUUUAUUAUCUAUUGGAGGUUUUUGGGUGUAAAUUGUAGAAGUUGAAACUUUGUUCGUCUGCGAAAGACAAAGUUCUGUCAAUCAGGAACGGGACCAAACUUACGUAAAUGUCAAAAAUCCUACAGAUUGUUGUUUCGAAUUAAAGUCUGAUAUCGGUAACUUCUGUAUCAGCAAAAAAAAAAACAUGACUGAUCUGAACUGAAGAGCAGAAAUCCAAAGCUGUCGCCACCGAACUCUUCUCUCACGCUGCCUCCUUCCUGUCCUGGUAUCGCAGACCAGCUGGUUUGGUUCCAACCAACUUGCCCAACAGCUCUUGUUCCUUUGGGGCAUUGAGACGUUAAAAAUAAUUGCCUGGUGCAGCUAAUAAAAAAAAAAAAAUUAAUAUAGAAUUGACACUGCCAUAGCCGACGCCCCUUAUCAAAGCAGGAACCUAGUACUUAAACGCACCUUAGCACAAAUAUCCCCCAUCUUCCAUAGCCGUAAACUAUGGGUCCAAGAGAAACGAGCACUGAGCCUGCGCUGCAUGGGGGGGGGGGGGUGAACCCGCUCCUGCACGAGGACGGACGUAUCUGAAAGGAUUUGAAGUGUGGAGGUUGAACCCUUGAGUGUGUUGUCUGUGGCGUACUGUACAGUAGUAGCUAAUCAGUCUAUCUAUAUCUAUCUCUCUAUCUAUCUUUCUCUGUCCUAGACCAGUUUACAGUACAGUAGUGACUGCCCUAGGCAACUUGGCUUACGAGUUUGGAUUGGAUUUACUUUGUUUUCUACAGAGGAAGUGACAUUACUAUUAGUUUUUUCCUCUGUCAAUGUUUAGAGAUUUUUUUGUUUUUUUAUUAUUAUUAUUAUUAUUAAGACUAUAAUGUUAUUGGUAUUCACUAUUGAUGAUGAUUAUUGCCGUAGUUUUACAUAGGAGAAGGAAUACUUCUUUCAUCUGGUGAAAAUACUAAGCUAUUAUACAAAUCAUACAUUUACAGUGGCAGCCAUUGUAGCACAGUCCUCGUGGUGAAGUUUUAAAACAACGUAAACUGAUUUUUACCGGAUUAAAAUAAAUUAAAAAGCAGUUUAAUGUACACCACAAAAAAAGUUGGACUCCUACAAUGGCUCCAUCUGUAAGUUUGUAGUUGUUGGGGGUUUAUAUAGCGUUUCCUCUUCUGUAAAUACAAGGUGACAGUAUUUAAGUUGGAUGAAGUCAGCCAGGCAGGGGCACUGGGGCCAGUGGUUUAGAACCAACAUGUCACCGACGCUGCGACUUGCGGCGUUGAGCCACUGGUUUGGGUGACGCCUCCCAGCAGAUCAGCCAGUGUCAGCCUGCCCACUCGUCUGAGUGUCAAGCUCCUGUCCAGACACCGUGAGAGGAGGCAGCUGACCAAUCGGAGCCGCCGGAGUUUGGCCGCGUUUGCCAAGUUUACAGCAGCGGGCUCGGGAUUCAAACCAGGAGCCCAAACUGGUCGUAUAGCACUUCUAAGGUCAAACAUGAUUAAUCGGGAGCAGUACUUUUUACUAUUUGGAUGAAAUUAGGUGAAUAUUGAUCAAGACAAACUAAAUUGAACCGAGCAGUUGAUGCCGUUGAAACCGGCUCCGGCCAAACUCCGUCAGUCCCCGGGCCCGGAGAGAGGAAUCUGCCCGGUGACACAUGAACAGUGUCUGCUUCUGUGUUCUGGCUGAUUUCUUUUUUUUUAUUUUGUUUUUAAAUCAUCUUUAUUUAAACAAAGACGUUAAAAAAUUUAAAACUACAUUUACAUUCUUCACAAUAGCAAAGGGGCCAUACUAUCGACAAUGUGAACCAUUGACAACUCCAAACCAGACGAUGUGCGACGGGAACAACUGUCGCUUUCAUUUUGAAUAUGUCUUGUGUAACGAGGGGUUUCCAAUGUGUUUGUGUGACCAGCGACCAUCCACUCAGGACCUUUUCUGUCGUGCUUUAUCCCAGCAUCCCCAAAAUAUAUAAAUAUAUAUAUAUAUAUAUUAGACGUCAAACUGUGGGAGACGAAGAGCUGAAAUUUAACGGUAGCAGUGGAAAAUGAUGUUUUCAUCCAGAUUGAAAGGCCGUUGAGUCAGAACAGUAGAAGAAAAAAAAAAAAAAAUCACACCUUAACUGCCUAUUCUAUCCAGAGUCAAAGGCAAAAA